AUGAACUAUUUAGAAGGCGUUGGGUCAAAGAAAGGAGGUGGUGGUAUAGCCUCAGAAUCUCAGUUUAACUUACAACGAAGGAAAGAAGUCGAAUCAUUACUUAGUAAAGGCGAAAAUGUCCCGUACACUUUCCAAGAUGAAAAGGACGAUCAAGUAAGGUCCAAUCCGUACAUUUACAAGAAUCAUUCCGGUAAACUGGUUUGUAAACUAUGUAAUACAAUGCACAUGUCGUGGUCCAGCGUUGAAAGGCAUUUGGGUGGUAAAAAACAUGGUUUAAAUGUGUUAAGGCGUGGUAUCAGUAUAGAGAAAAGUUCUCUAGGGAGAGAAGGCCAAACAACUCAUGAUUUCCGACAACAACAAAAGAUAAUUGAAGCUAAGCAAUCUUUAAAGAAUAACGGUACGAUCCCUGUUUGUAAAAUAGCUACCGUGAAAAACCCGAAGAACGGUUCAGUAGGUUUGGCUAUCCAGGUAAAUUAUAGCAGUGAAGUCAAAGAAAAUAGUGUCGAUAGCGAUGAUAAGGCUAAAGUCCCUCCUCUCAUUAGGAUUGUAUCUGGUUUAGAGCUAUCAGAUACCAAACAGAAGGGAAAAAAAUUUCUCGUUAUUGCGUAUGAACCCUUUGAAAAUAUUGCUAUUGAGCUACCUCCAAACGAAAUAUUAUUCAGCGAAAACAAUGACAUGGACAAUAAUAACGAUGGAGUAGAUGAAUUAAAUAAAAAGUGUACAUUUUGGGAUGCUAUAUCAAAACUUUAUUACGUUCAAUUUUUCUUUAAACAAGCCGAACAAGAACAAGCCGAUGUAUGA